CGGCUCCAGCUCCGGAGCGGCGCUGGCGGCCUGCAGGCUGCCGCCGCCCCAGCCUCAGCCCCUCGGCUCCUGUACGAUUCACCGGAGCCGAUAACAGCCGCGGGCUGUUACCUCCUCUCUUCCCCCGUGCUGCUCCCCUCCUCCUCCUCCUCCUCCUCCUCCUCCUCCGCUGGAGUUUCUCCGGCGGCGCAGGCUGCUGAGGCGCUCCAUAAAUCGCGGCGGCUCCGCUCGGACCGGGACGCCGGCGAGGCGCCGCUCGCCCCCGAGGACCGCGGCCGCCGAGGAAGCCCGGGUGUGAGUGCGCGGCCGCGGAGCGGGUCGGAGUCCUGCGCGCCGGCGUUGCGUCUCGCUGCGGGCUUCGCGGUCGGCUCCCAGGGGACUGCGAGCGGGGAAGCGCUCCGCUGCGGUCCGUGGGUCAGCCCCAUGGCGCGGCUCCUGGCGCUCGGCUGCUCGCUGCUGGCGCUCAGCACCUGCCUGCUCCCGCGGGCGCGGGCCGACUGCGGCCGCGACUGCGCCGCCUGCGCCUACCGCCUGGGACCGCGCGCCGACAUCCACCCCCUGGCAUGUACACUAGAAUGUGAAGAAAAGCUGCCUUCUGCCAAAGCCUGGGAGACCUGCAAGGAGCUUCUACAGCUGACAAAACUGGAUCUUUCUGAGGACAGCAACAUUGCUCCAGGAGACAAGAAAGAGCUGGAUGAGAACCAUUUGCUCGCAAAGAAGUAUGGAGGCUUCAUGAAAAGAUAUGGGGGGUUCAUGAAGAAAAUGGAUGAGCUCUAUCGGGUAGAACCAGAGGGGGAAGCUAACGGAGGAGAGAUCCUGGCUAAAAGGUAUGGAGGAUUUAUGAAGAAAGACUCUGAUGAUGAUGUCCUGGCUAAUUCCUCUGAUCUCCUGAAAGAGCUCCUAGGAGCAGGGGAUAACCCUGAAGCUGGACGUUAUCGAGAGAUAAAUGAAAAUGAUGGAGAUGUCAGCAAAAGAUAUGGAGGCUUCAUGAGAAGCAUAAAGCGCAGUCCAGAAUUGGAAGAUGAAGCCAAAGAGCUGCAAAAGAGAUACGGUGGUUUCAUGAGAAGGGUGGGCAGGCCGGAAUGGUGGCUGGAUUACCAGAAACGAUAUGGCGGGUUUCUUAAGCGCUUCGCUGAUUCUAUUCUCCCUUCAGAAGAAGAUGGGGAAAGUUAUUCCAAAGAGAUCCCAGAGAUGGAAAAGAGAUACGGCGGAUUUAUGAGAUUUUAAUACCUUCCCCUUUUAUCCCUUUUGUCCUAAAUGAGAGAGACUGCCUUAUUGGUCAUAACUUAUUGUAAUGUGUUGCUUGUACUGUACAGUUUUUUACUGUCCUGGUAAAUGGUGCAACCUGCAAUCUGUUGUUUCAGGUUCUGUAUUCUUUUAAGUCAAAUAACUACUUUCUGGUUUAGUCAAGUUCAAGUCUGUAUUGUAGUUUCCAUGCUAAAACUAUUUUGAUUACUGUAUUCAUUUUCUUUAAAUGGGAAGUACAUCUACAGUAGAAUUGCUUAACUGUAUAUACAAUAAAUUCUUCAUCCUAACUGCAUAAA